AUGUCUACGGUCAAAUGGAAAUAUAGAGAAUACGAGCGCCAUUCUUCUCUUCGCGACACCAAGGAUGCUAGCUAUCGUACUAUUUUCACUCGCAAUACUCCAACGAUGUAUUCGCGAAAUCAUUCCCUUAGCCACGCUCCAAACUCGAACGAGGUCAUAGAAGAUGCACCUACUCGUCGAGACAUUUUAAAGGAUGCUUGA